AAGACUGAGCAAUGGCGACGGUCGGAGGUGGCUGUUGCUGUUGGACCCAGUGAGUGACACCCGUGGAUGAGAGGGCCCCCGGGGAUGCUGGUGGCGGCCCGGGGCCGCUUGCUAAGAUGUCAUGGUUUUUCCCCUGGUCGAGCUCGAUCAAGAAGCGGGCCUGCCGUUACCUGCUGCAGCACUACCUGGGCCACUUGUUGGAGGAGAGGCUGACUCUGGAGCAACUGAGCCUGGACCUAUACAACGGCAGCGGGCGCCUCAGAGAGGUCCAGCUCGACGUCUGGUCUCUGAAUGAAUUCCUGGACUCGGUGGGGGCGCCGCUGGAGAUUACAGAUGGCUUCAUCAGCAGCAUCUCGGUGAUCAUCCCCUGGUCGGCUCUGAUUACGGAGAACUGCACCGUGGAGGUGACAGGUCUGCAGGUGACAUGCAGGCCCAAGUACCACUUUGUCCCAGGGACCGAGUCUCCCAGCUGGUCGUCGUGUAUGACUACCAGCAUGCAGCUCGCCAAGGAGUGCCUGAAAGAACAGGCUGAAGAGCCGGAGGAACCCACACAGCCACUCGAGGGUCUUGAGAUGUUUGCACAGACCAUUGAAACUGUGCUCAGGAGGAUAAAAGUAACAUUCCUUGACACCAUUGUUCGAGUGGAACACACUCCAGAUGGAUCCAGGACAGGCAUUGCCCUGGAAGUGCACAUUAAAAGGUUGGAGUACUGUGAUGAAGCUGUGAAGGACUCGGGCGGCGUCUCGAAGAGGGACCCCAUUCCCAUCGACAUUCAUCAGCCCCCUGCAUUCGUCCACAAGGUGCUGCAGUUUUCUGGGGUAUUGUUGCACUACGAGGCAAUCCCUGAGCAGGGCGGGGAGCUCCAGACCUCACCACCUGUACUGCCGCAGCAAGUGGAUGCACCUGCCUCCUCCGCUGCAGAAUCGCAAUCUUUCCCUGGAGCAAGCAGCAGGACUGCAGAGGGAAGCGCCCCAUCAUCACCUUCGCCGCUGGUGCAGAUCGGCAGUUGUACAGGGUGCAUGGAGUUGACCGUAAAAUUCAAGCAGAACGACGUGCUGCCUGGGCCUAAGUUGGCAAUAGAUGGGAAGAUGGGGUCACUGCACCUGUUCCUGAACCCACAACAGAUCUCCAACCUGGCUGACUUAUUCAGUACACUUAACCUCACAGCAGAAGUGAACAGACUGAAGGAGAAGCUGAGCAAGAGUCGGCCACUGGACCCCGAGGAUUUCAAACUGAUUGAGCAGGAUCUCAACAAGCAGCUUCACUCGGGCCAGAGUUCGGGGCACGCCAAGAGCGAAGAGCUGGACUCGUUUGCAGGCACAGAGAAUGGGGUACCCACAGAGAUGUUUUACUCCAUGGCUCCUAUGACCAGCAGUGUGGCCUCAGUGCAGUCGGUGAGUGAGCUGUCAGAUGUCGACCUGGAGAGCUCCAUGCGCAGUGAUUACAAUAGCUGCCCUCUGCAGCCCCCGUCAUUGCAAGCAUGUCUGCUGAUGAACAGUCCGCACCGCUAUGGGAGCCCUGUGUUCCCCAACAUGCUCCCCAGUUUACAGUCCAUGAACAAACAACAAGGUAAAUCUCAGCCAUCCCCAUCCCUGGACAAUGUGAAGGCUGAGCUGCUGCUAAGGCUGACUAUCGGUGGGAUGACUGCCACACUGCUGCACCUAGAUCCGCUGCUUGGACAAUCUCCUGCAUCGCAGGACCCCAUAUCCGGAACAGGGACCUAUUUCCAAACUGCUGCCUGCCGUUACUUUACCGAGCUGGCAUACUUCAAGGACAGCAUCUUUGGGGGGAGAGGCUUUGACCACCUGAGAAGCCAGUUCGAGAAGGCCUGCCCCCACAAUAACUUGAGGCUGACAGGUGGCGCGGUGCAGCUGACGAGUGAGCAGAAGGCAGGCGGUGGGGCGCAGCUUCUGAGUACGGACAUAUGCUUCGGCACACUGGAGAUCCUGGAAUGCCUGUGGAGCCCAGUGGGACCUGGAGCUGAGCAGCAGGCUGCUGGAUAUACAGAGCUGUUGCUGUUUGAGAAGGUGUCCCCCUUGGCUUGCGGGUCCAGUGCCAGUCCCUGCGCUCAGAUUCAUUACAGACAGACCCAGAGGACAACAGGCAAGGGCAGCCACAGGAAGGUGUCGCGCAGCGCCGAGCUGCUCAUCGAGCUCCAAGAGGCACACGUGGAUAUCGACCUUGGCUUCCUGGAUAGGGUGGACUUCCUACUUAGGCCCCAUCCGGUGGGGGGUCAGGAAUUCCAGACAGCGCAGAGGAGACCGUCGGAGCAAGUACUGAUUCCAGGGAUCUCUGCGCUCUGUGCCGAGCCGCCUCCUGUGCUGGGGCAGCCGACCUCGGUGCGCCUCACAGCCCCCAGAGCCCACCUGCGGCUGCAGUUCCCCGUACCCGAUCUGCGACCCGAGCCCGAGCGCACACCCUGGUUCCAGAAGGCCGUGCGCAGGGAGACCCUGCGGCUGGAGUUCACUGACCUGUGCUGCAGAACCGAACUCGGAGCCACUUCCAGAACCGAGCCCGUCAAAUAUGAAGCCAGCUUCACCGAUCUACAUGGUGUAUACGAAGAUGGAGUCAACCCUGGCGUCUCUUGCAUCCGAGUCUCAAAAACACCUGACAAGACUGUUGCUGGGAGAAAGUACAUCAUCCCAAAGAUUGUGCUGACGGUGAACCCAGACUGCAGUGGCUCUGAGUGGGACCUGAUCAUGGAGAAAACGGAUGACAUGGACCUGUCAGCUGUCGAGAGCCCCUGUGAACUGAAGCAGCCCGAACCAUCACCGUUCUCAUCCAAACGCACCAUGUAUGAGACCGAGGAGAUGGUGAUCCCGGGAGAUCCGGAAGAGAUGGCACAAUUCCAAUCCCAGACCCUGGCAACGUCCCAGUACGUGCUGGAGUUGACCCUGCCUGCCCUGCACCUACUGUUUCCCAGCAAGGAAUUCUACGAGAGUAUCUACAACAGAAUCAACAAUGACCUUCUGAUGUGGGUGCCGGCCGCACCCUCGCCCAGCAACAUGGCACAGGGCGAGGGCACCGCAGGGCUGCACCCUCUCUUGCCGGGCUGCACCCCCUUCGCACAGGACAACUUCCGCCUCUGCAAGUCAGCCUUCAGACUGGACUCUGACUCCGAAGAUGAAGAUUCCCACUUCUACUCGCUUGAAGAGAAUGGGAGGAGGAGGAAGGCAGAAGCCAAGAGGAGCAGAGUGCUGAGCUUCCUUUCAGCUGUCGUGAACAUCGGAAAAGGCAGGGUCACAGCUCUGACUGACUUGAAGGGCGAAGGGGAGAAGCCAGUCACUGGGGUGCACGGGGAGCUGGUCCUUGAUGUGGAGAGUGGCACCAUCUUCACUGUAUCGCAGUACAAGGGACAGCCUGACCUCAGCUACCUCUGCAUUGAGUCCAGCAAAGUAGCCCUAUACCAGAAAGCCGAGGUUGAGGAUUACUUCCUGCCGGAACGACUGGACGUGCUGAGCUUCACUGCCCCCGUGGGCCUGGAUCCCACCAUCCUGUGCUCGGAGGAGGGACUGGCCACUAAGCUCUCGGCAGCUGCUGGGCGGAAGGACAGGAGCCCGCCCAUGCUCUCUGCGGCCAUCAAGAUCACACUGGACACUGUGAGGAGCAUCAAGGAGUUCCUAGUUGCCCUCAGACUACAAGGUGCCACCCUGUGCCACCGAAUGGCCUUAACUAACCAGAGCUGGCACGAGCAGCUGAUGGAUUUCUUCGAUGUGUUGGAUGACCCGAUUCUGGGCUACACCCCUCCUACGGUGAUCACAGUCCUGCACACUCACCUGGUCAGCUGCGCUGUCGAUUACAGCUGCAGGUUUAUUCUGGAUGAUUCUGCUGUCUAUCUGUGUAACAGAUGCAACACGGAGACCGUGGACUUGAAGAAAGACUACGUGUGUGUGCUGGACGUGGAUCUGCUGGAGCUGGUGAUCACCACCUGGAAAGGAGACUCUGGUGGAAAGCUGGCACAGCCGCUGUUUGAGCUGCGUUGCUCCAACAAUGUGGUGCAUGUCCACACUUGCGCUGACUCGUGUGCCACCCUGGUGAACCUGGUACAGUACGUGGUGAACAGCGGAGACCUCCACCCUCCGCCCAAGCAAGACAGCCCGACUGAGAUCGCUGGGCAAAAACUGCAGGUACAAGACCAAGACCGCGUUAUCCUCCACCUCGGCCUGUGUUUGCUGCUCCUGUCUCAGGAUACUCCCAGCAAACUUUGGUCAUCUCUAGCCCUCUCGCUUUGUCAUUACAAGGCCUCAAAAUUCGAGGGUUCAAGGACCCCUCCUCCAACUCUGACAAUCAAGGCCCUCCACGUGCGGCCCGAGUGUGGACUUGGUGGUCCCGAAUGCUGCCUCCGAGUCUCCCUCAUGCCACUACGCCUCAACAUUGACCAGGAUGCCUUAUUCUUCCUGAAGGGUUUCUUCACGAGCUUUGCGACCGGAAUCAAUCCCAUUGUUCCCGUUGAAACGGCGAUGGAAGCCAAGCCUGAGCUCAGCCAGAGGGCGAGCGGAGCCCCGGACUCUGAUUCCAUCGGCCGCGACACUGAGCCCAGUCAGUGCUUACCAGAGAUGACCGCUUCGAUGGAGACAACCUGCAGCGAGCAGAGCUCCUCGUCCACUGCCUCCUCGUCCUCCGAGCAGCCAAUCUAUUUCAGGGAAUUUCGAUUUACCUCAGAAGUACCAAUCUGGUUGGACUAUCAUGGAAAGCAUGUAACCAUGGAUCAAGGUACGUUCGCUGGGAUACUCAUAGGACUCGCCCAGCUCAACUGCUCUGAACUGAAGCUGAAGAGGCUAUGCUGUAGACAUGGUCUGCUAGGGGUGGACAAGGUGAUCAACUAUGCCUUGAACGAGUGGCUGAACGACAUCAGGAAGAACCAGCUCCCGGGCAUUCUUGGGGGCGUAGGCCCCAUGCAUUCUGUGGUACAGCUGUUUCACGGCCUCAGGGAUCUCUUCUGGCUGCCAAUUGAACAGUACCGGAAGGAUGGGCGGAUUAUCCGGGGGCUGCAGCGAGGAGCUGCGUCUUUCGGGACCUCCACCGCGUCCGCAGCUUUGGAACUGAGCAACCGUCUGGUGCAGGCCAUUCAGGCCACAGCAGAGACUGUUUACGACAUCCUGUCGCCAACACCCCCCGUUACCAAGGCGGUCAUGGACAAGAGGUACCUGAAGAAGUACAAGAGGGUACAGCAGCCUGCUGACCUGCGUGAGGGAGUUGCCAAAGCUUACGACACUGUCCGAGAGGGGGUCAUCGACACGGCGCAGACCAUCUGCGACGUGGCCGCCCGGGGUCACGAGCAGAAAGGCAUCACGGGGGCUGUGGGGGGGGUCCUGAGGCAAAUCCCGCCCACUGUGGUCAAGCCGCUGAUUGUGGCCACGGAGGCCACCUCCAACCUCCUCGGGGGGAUGCGGAACCAGAUCAAGCCAGACGCCCGCAAGGAGGACAGCCUGAAGUGGCGCACAGAUGAAGGUCAGGACUAGGCCUUCGCUCGCGAACCCUCACCCCCAGCCCACCCCCACCCCCCCCCCCACCCCAAACCUCUUUUUGUUGCCGCUUUCACAAAACGAAUCGGGCAAUUCGAACAGAAGGGUGGGGGGUGGGGGGUGGGGUUGGGUCGCGCAGGGGAGGAAGACAAAACAAGAAGAAUUCAGGAACGUGUCAUCUACUCCGGUCAGCAUCGACCCACAGGACUGCAUUAAAGACGAGCACCAGAAUGAAUGGUGAACGGGAGCCGACGGGAGAGAGAGAGGGAGAAAGACCUGGCUGUUGUUGAAGAGGCAGGGGGAGGAGGAAGCUGUAACCCUCCUUGUCACAGUGUGCCUGACCUCAGAAAGGCUGAUUCCUGUCUCUCGGAGGUUGGUUGGGGUGGGUUGUGCCUGUGUGUGUGCAUGGUGUGUGUGUGUGUGUAUGUGUAUACACAUGAAAGUAGCAGCAAGCAGCGUUAAUCCGCUGGGGAAUAUCCUCCCCAAUCCUUGUUACCCUGCCCCCAACCUAACGCUUCUUAAAAAUCAACUUUGAAGUGUCAAAGCCAUGUAAAUUUAAUGAAACCUGCUUCUAAUUUCCGAGGGUUCGGACAAAUUUGGGCCUUUGCUUCCACGGGCCUUUAGAUGCUUUUGCAGCAGUGGGCUGCUGAACUCCAACCCUGUUCUACCUUUAUUCCCCAACCCCUCCACCACCUUUGGUGCAGCAGCCCCAGAAAGUGGGAUCAAUCAUUUGAUUUGGAACGCACUAUCAGACUGAUGUGGCCCGGAUUCUUUCUCCCUUCCCACUCUUGUCUCACCGCACUGCCUGCAGACAGAUACACUCCCAUGCUUACGCGCACACACACACACACACACACACAUACACGUAUCUCCCCGUCUCUCUCUGUACUAGCUGUAGGCGCUAUUGGGCAAGAGCUGUCAGUCUCUGGCACGGAACGGAUAGCCGGCAAGGGAGGAUGCCGGGUUGGGUAGUGUGCGUGGGAGGGCAGGGCAGGUUGAGCAGAAUCCAGAGAUGUAGGCACUCCCCAUCCAGUGAUAGGAGGCUCCUUUUCACCACAAGGUGUGUUUGCCGUGUGCCAGUUGCUACCCUCUUCCGGAAAGUGCUGAGCUCUGUCAGACCAGUAGUGGAGACGGAAUGCAGGCAAUUUUCUGUGGAAUGACCUUGCUCUCCUUCUUUCUUUAAGAUGUAAACAAAUCUCCUCGACUGAGGCUUUAUGUCACCUCCUUGCGUGGCUUGAUGUCCCACUUUUGUUCAGUAAUCCCUCUUGUGGGCCGCCUCAGGGAUGUUUUCCGUGUCAAAGGCACUUUAUAAAUGCACAUUGAUGUUAUGAAGACUGAAUCUCAAAGAGAAUGGAUAUAACAGGGUGGGGGGGGGGGAAGGGGGGGAGGGCAGUUGGGCUAAGGAAGGCUUUAGGAGCUAAUAUAAGCUUUAAAAAUUCUAUAUAUUUUUGAACGGUCUGUAAUUACCCCAUGAAUUUGGAUUGUUUUAAUGAAUAUUUUUUUAUCCAAAUGGAGCAAUAUUUCGUAGCUGGGAAAGGCAGAGUGAGUUAGACUUGCUCGUCCUGCUUUCCCUGGUGACAUUAUUUGCAAUGCGUGUGUGGAAGGUGCUUUGAGAUAUUAAAUUAGAGAAAUAUAUCGUAUAUGUAUAUGAGAAAAAUUUUAAGGUUAAAUUUUGGUGACAGUACUCGCCCAUUAAUAAACACCAAACUCAACAGCUUAUCAUGGAGCCUAACAGUUUAGGACGUUUAAGGUCUGAGUGAUCUUAACAGCCAGUCUCCUUUGUGCACGUGCCCCACUGUCACAUCCUUUCCCCCAUUUAUAAUGGGGAUUUCCAAUGUAAACAUGUCACGGUGCAGUUGCGUCCUCCUUCGCAGAGAUGGCGCUGCUGUCAUCAUAGCACAUGUGGGGAAAGAAGUAGAAGUGUGUGUGAUGUGGAUGGGUGGUGGGGGAGUGGGUUCCUGCCAGUAGCCUGCCGUUCCUGGCCCUCUGGACUCCUGUGAUCGCAAGGCAGGGUGUGCCAUCGAGAUAUCGGAGUGUUGGAGAUCCGCAGCCCAGUGAGGUGUUAGUGCCUUCAGGAAAGGGGGUGGGCGGUGGGUAGAGUGUGAAGGUCGAAUAUUGUUCUUUGGAGACGUGUAUCAUCUCUGGCUGCACAGUUGAUGCUGGUGCGAGUGUGUGAGAGAUGUCUGUGCUGUUCCCUUGCACACCAUUGACACGCUCUGUGUGCGUGUGCGUCUGUGUGCGUGUGCGUGUUUAAAUGUGUGCUUGCUGACUGAACUGCCCCCACCCCAAUCCAACUGUGUAAUUAAUGAGUGUUAAUCUGUGUUCAUACACUUGUGUAAAAAACAAAUUAUAUUAAAAAAAUGCAACUUAUGUAAUAAUAAAAA